GUUUUCAAUGUUUUUUCCUUCUCCUCUCCUCUUCUUGAUCUAAAUUAUUUGUGAACCGUUACUCCUUCCUGAAUUAAUUAACUCCAUUUAAAAUACUGUUAUUCCUCACAUUUGUAUGCCAAUAUUGACUGACUCUUGAAGAUGGCCUUAAUUGCUGCGAAUAACCUGGAUUGGCAGUACUCUAAAACAUCUAUUUGUGAAAGGUUCAAAACUCUCCAUCAUUUAUCCAAAUGGACAGAUUGCACUUUCAUCGUUGGAUUUGACGAACAUUAUAAGGUAAUAAAUUGUCACAAGUUGGUCCUUGCAGCAAGUAGCCCUGUCUUUGAGGCUCUUUUUUUUGGUCUGCUUGCCACUUCUGAAAGUAAUCGUCCCAUCAGAGUUCCAGACAUAGCACCGCAUACUUUUCAUCUCAUGCUGCAAUAUCUUUAUGAAGAUAAUGUCCGUUUUGCUAAUGUGCAAGAAGCCGGCUGCGUGUUAUAUGCGGCAAAAAAGUACCUGCUACCUCACCUCAGUUCUUUGUGCGUUAAGUACUUGGAACAGAAUCUUCGCACAAAUACACUUUGGGACAUCCUAUGUGUUGCAGAAAAUUUGAAUGAAGAAACUCUCUUAAGUUCAUGUAUUAAGGUAAUGUGUAAAUACAGCAAGGAUGUAUGGUGGGAUGACAGUGAGCACAUGUCAAUUGGAACAUUAAGAAGAUUUAUAAAUGAGCCCCUCAUCGAUACCUGUGAAAAAAAACUCCUGGAAAUCAUUCUGUCCUGGUCAGAAAAUGAAUGUCAUCUUCAAAACGUCCCUGCCACGCCAGCUAAUAUUCGUGCUGUAAUAGAUAAGUUUAACCUUCUUUCCAAAAUUCGUUUAUUAACACUGUCUUCAGUCGAAUUGGAAGAGGUCUUGAAUAAAGUUAACAUCUUUCGUGAUGAAGAAGUAAAACUAAUCAAGGAGCACAUUGAACAGCAAGAAAGUCUUGGAAAUACUCCAGAAAUUUCUGAGAAAGCUCAAAGUUUAGUCAGUCUUCUCCCAUGGGAUUUCUGUCCAGUCAUAGAGAAAAGACGCACUUACGUAUUUUCUUCAAAAAAAUGCGCCCGUGCCGUACUUAGCAGAAAAAACACAUGGACUUACGGUGGCUCCAUGUUCAGUGUUGUCAGUUCCAGCUCAAAAACACUGGUGACUGGAUUUGAAGUAUACACUCGACUUGCUUCGCAAAUUGAUUUUGUUAUUAAUCGCGGCCAACCAAACACUUAUAAAGAGCAAUUAGUACUGUGCAUAAAGAAUGAAGCUGAUGAGGAGAUAAAUCAAACAAAAUAUGAGAAUAUUGUAGAGUACAACAGCUCCCAAAUUAUCAACUUAUCAAAACCUGUCUGCUUUCAACCAAAAAUUAAAUACACCGUAAAAAUAGAGCUACCCUCUGGACAGUAUCCUCUUAACAGUCUCUCCAAAAGUGCUUUUACUAAAUUAACACAUUUUAGCUUCAGUGACUGUGCACGAUAUAGAGACAGAUAUUUCGGUGAUCACGAAGUGAGAGAUGCUGGUUUUGUCAGUGGAAUCUUACAUUCAAUUUGAUAAGGUAUGUUGUUGUUCAUAUUUCUUAUAUAUGAUAAUUUAUGAGUUUUAUUUGUUAAUCUUUUUACCAUCCAGUUAGUCGCAUAUAAACCUUCAAUCUUGAAGUGGUAAUGCAUGCAAAAUAAAAAAGAUUAUCUUGGAAAAAAUUAGAGUGAAUUAGGUUCACUCUUUAAUUUACGUUUCAAUUUGAUGAGCUUUAACAUGUUGAUUGCCAUGGUUUUUUUCCUCACAAGGUCUCCACUCACACCUGGGCACCGUUCACAUAAAAAUGGAAACAAAAAAAAAUUGGGGUCCAAAUAUUUCUAUGUUUACCUGAAAAACAGUGGUUCAGGCCAUGCAUUUUCAUAUAGUACUCAUGAUUUUCAAUGUUAGUCAAAAAUAUUUGAUGAGCCUUGUGAAAUUGUAACAAAUUAUCAUGGCACUGCAUGACGGUGUAAGUCGGCAAUCACAUAACUUGUUUGCGGUGUCUGAAAAUCUCCGCCUCUAUGUUAUUUUUUAAAGGAGAACAAAUUGACAUCAUUCCUUGAAGUUUUUGCAGAAUUUUUUUGCACAGAGAAGAAAAAUCACGGAAGUUUUACAGAAUUGCCGUUGAGUAAUUUUCCGUUUAAAAAAUAAAGUAUGACAGGAAGUCUGCAACGUCGCAAAACGAGUUAUGUGAUUGCCGACUUACACCGCACCGUCGAUAUGUAUUUUUUAUGUAUGUCAAAUAUCAUCAACCUAAAUGUGUAAUGAGGGUGGCAAUGAGUAGAAAGAAAAAAAGUGUAUUUAUUUUAUUUGAUUUAAUAUGCAUAAACAUACCCGUACACACAAAUAGAAAGGAAAUUACUCAGCAUGCAGCAAAUUAGACAAUGUAUGUUUUGCCCUGUGACCAGACCCUGCACAAAAAAAGAAAGGAAAAAGAAAAAUACCGCUACCUCAAUGAGGUACCUCCUGCCUUUAUUUUUUGGAAAAAAAGGGGGAAAGAAGGAUGUUGCUAUUUGAGAUACAUACUUAUUAAUCUGCUCCAAAACUAAACCUACAGUUUUAAAAAGAAACAAUCGCUCAGAAAGUUCAGAGCCCUGCUGCAAGGUUUGUCAUUGUGAGUAACUGCACCAAUGAGCUGUACUGAUGUGAGUUUGCUGUUUUUUCUUUAUUUAGUCUCUCAGUUUAUCUCAUCUCUUUGUUCCAUUUUGUUCAGUUCACUGAGGACCCCAGUAGAAAAAAACACUUUUUGGAUACAUUCCCGCUAAAAUUUUGUAGGUUCUACAAUUAUUUAAUAAAAUAAUUUUUAUACAUGCUCAAUUUUUACACAAAAAAAGAAAGAAAGAAAGAAAGAAAAAGUCUAAACAGUGGAAUGUGUACAAGAAAGUUGAAGUACAUAAUUUGAGUCUCUUUCACUCUUUUGAGGCGAAGAAACUUGCAUGAAAUCUUAGUAGCAUUCGAUCCCAAGAAGUUUUCCUGGUCUUCCAAGGCUCUAAAUCAACUGCAUUACUAAAGCUUAGCAAUGAAGCAAAUAUAGGUUUUCAAACGUUGCAAUCAAAAUAUGCAUUUUUCGCAUUCAGCCAUCAAUUUGUCGAAAGGUAUUAAUAUUCUCUUUCUGGUUGGCUUUUUCUAAGUUGAUUUAGUUAGGUAAAUUGAUCAUGCAACCAUUAUACAUUUCAGAAUUUUCCUUCUGUGUCACGCAAAAAAUGUCUAAUUAUAGAGAGUAUAUUCUGUCUGUAUUUUCAUACAAAUCCCUUGCAAAAUUCAGAACAAGACCUAGAUAUCUCUCGAAACUGGCCUCUUCAUGAUGUGACAAUUUUUUUAAAGUUUCCAGUGGCUUGAACAUUGUUAGUUUAGUGUGUUUCAAGUUGCUAAAAAUACUAAGCUUUUCAAACAUCAAGACUGAACAUUGGGGCCAAUCAUUCUUCCUUCCAAAAAUUUCAGUUUGAAGUCAUCUCAGUUUGUGCGUGCUAAAUCUCUCAAUAACAACUGUAGAAUGUCUCGGCGAGUUACUUUCACUUGUUUUAGCAGCUUUGAUAAAUUUUCUUAAAUGUAUCCUGAAAGAGUAUGGAGCAUAUUAUGCUGAUUAUGCUCGGUGACUGAAGACUGAAGUUUAUUCAUUACUUUUUAAAAUGUGUCCUUAAAAGUAAGAAUUUUAUCACUGGUGAUAUUUGUAAUUGGUUCAUUUAGUUAUUUAUUUUCUAGUUAAUUAAAAAAAAAUAAAAAAAUACUUUAUGUAUAGUCCGGUUAAGCCAAAGACAACCCCUGAUAUUUAAAAGUAGGAGAAAAAGUAAUCAGGAAUUUUUGUAAUUUUAAAGUUGGCAGCGUUCCAGCUAAAGGAAUUAGAAGAAGAAAAGAGGGAAACACUGAUUGUUUUGUUAUGAAAAAUAUACGUACCUAGGAAAAAAGUGGAGGCUUGUGAAUUCCUUUUAUUUUUCAAUGGAAGAGACAUUUUUUUUACAAUUUUAGGGAUGUAGAAAGCCCCUAGAAACCAUCAUGUUGUUGCAAGCUGGAAAUUUUUCUCCAGAGGCAAAUCUGAUUUUAUAAAAAAAUCUCUGAAUUUCUAAAAUUUCCACGGAAAGUUCCCUAUCUUUAGAAAGGGGCCAUCACUUCAUCAACAGUUCCCUAAAUCCUAUUCUGUGCCUCUCAUUUUCCAACAGAAAUUAGGAAUCUUCGGAUCUCCCGCAGAAUUUGACCAUAGUCACACAAAAAUCUUUUUAUAUAUCAUUCCUCAGAAUUAUGAAUAGAUUUAUAAUACUGAUCUACUCUAUUCUCAUAUCAGCUGUGCAAUGCAAGUCUAAGUGAUUUAAAGCAGAAUCAUUAGCAUCAAAAUCAAUGUAAAUUCUCAUUUUUUUGGUUAAUCUUGGAUCAUGAUCUGAUGAUCAGUCUGACUGCUUUAAUUCAUGAAUCUUGGACUGGAACUUCUUCUCAACAAUUUUAUAAUUGAAGGAAUAAAAUUACCUGAAAUGAGAA